AGGUUCUCCUCCCUGUAAUCAAGAGAUGGAAGCCUACAAGCCAUGGGCAGACGCUGUUGGCCGCCAACUGCUUAACUUUGCAGCCAACACAGAGUUGUUCGAUGACAGCGGAAAGGCGAUCAAGCCCUUGCCCACGCAGGGUUGGUUCCUCACCGACUUUGCCUCGGCCUUCGCCAUCUCAGCCAUCUACUUCGCAUUGGUCAUUGUUGGAAGAAUCGUGAUGAUCCCAUUCCGAUCCCUGGACAAGCUGACGUACCCCAUCCGCUUCGUCUACAACAUCCUGCAAGUGAUGCUCUGCUCUUACAUGACACUCGAGGCUGGCAUCCUCGCUUACAGGCACAACUACAAUCUCGUUCCGUGCAACCCCUUCAAGACUGAGAACCCUCCCAUCGCCCCUGUGCUCUGGUUGUUCUACAUCUCCAAGGUCCUGGACUUCAUGGACACUUUCUUCAUCGUGCUGGGCAAGAAGUGGGAGCAGCUUUCCUUCCUGCACGUGUACCAUCACCUUACGAUCUUCAUGAUCUACUGGAUGAACGUCAACGUGGGGUAUGACGGAGACAUCUACCUGACCAUCGUCCUCAAUGGGUUCAUCCACACUGUUAUGUACACCUACUACUUCGUCUCCAUGCACACCAAGGACAUCUGGUGGAAGAAGUACCUCACGAUGAUGCAGAUGAUUCAGUUCAUCACCAUGAACGGGCAGGCAAUCUGGCUCCUCCAGUCCAACUGCCAGACCUUCCCCAGGAAGGUGACGCAGUUGUACCUCGUCUACAUUAUGUCUCUCUUUGCUCUCUUCCUCAACUUCUUCAUCAGAAGCUACGUCUCCCCCAAGUCAAAGAAGGCCAAGAAACAUUAGGCUAUGAAAAUCUCUCUUUUUGUCGAAAUGAAUUUUUUCUUGUUGUUUU